UUUCCGAACGCGCGCAGGCGCCGCGGAGCCUGCCGAGGCCCCAAAACAUGCCCGCCAACACCGCCGCGCCGCUGCUGGCGUGCUUCCGGGCGGGCGCAGGAGGAGGAGGAGGCGGAGGAGGAGGAGGAGGAGGAGGAGGAGGAGGAGGGAGGCGGAGGGGGGGGAGUUACGGAUUCGCGGGCAUUGUGACCGUGUCGGUUGCUAGACAGAUGCUGCCGAGCAUCACGCCUGGCCUGCCCAGUUGUGCUGUACGCCUUAGCAGCGCUCAAAAGGAACGCAUGGAGCAGCACAGAUGGACGUCGAGCGUGCCCAGAAAAGGUCAGGAGUCCUACCAGCGAACUAACUAACUUACCUAUCCCUCCAAAGGGCCAUUUGGGUGCUAAUAAAGGAAAUGCGCGCUGCAUUCCGGACUACCUCUGCCAACUUAUCAACCUCUUCGGGCAGACGAUGCUAAGCAAGUGCAGGCGACAACAAGCACGUAGUUCCGAACGCAGAGAUACUGGGUAAGAGAAGUCAUGCGACCUCUAAAGCAACGGUCGCGGCAAAGAAUUUGACCAUACACUUCUACUCGUUCCAAUAAUACAGCUAGCCAUAUAACUGCUCGAGCUCGCGCGAGAAGUUGAGUCAGGGGACACUUCGUAUGAGUCACCCCGUGGCGUCAGCUCGCAAGCAAGCCGUUGGUGACACUCUCUGCUCCGGUCCGCGCGAGGGCGCCGCCUUGACGCGCAGAAGGGGCGCACCGGUUGCCCUUUCGUUCUUGCUAUCGACGCCGACCUCAUGCCGCAGCCUGCGUUAGCGAGGCCAGCAGCGCAGGCGACGGCGCCGUGGGGCAGCUCGUGACGUGCAAAAACUGCGCAGCACAGGCGGCGCAGGCAGCAGCCCCGUGGGCUAGCCUGACGUGCAAAGGUGCGCCAGCAGCAGGACGGCAGGAGCUGUGGCACAGGAGCGGCCAAGAGGGGGGUGUCCAAUCAUCACCCCCCUCUUUUCCGCCCCCGAGUGGCACAGGAGUGGGGAAGUCAUGCUCGGGGGCGGCCGGGGGCUUGCC